AUGGAGAGUUACUCCCUCCUGUAUAGUUCCUCCCACAGAACCGGACUUCUCUCGGGGUUCCAGCGUCUGCGUUCCGAAGCGAGGAUGUGUGAUGUCGUCCUUCAGACGGGGGAAGUGUCUUUCCCGUGUCACAGAGCCCUGCUGGCCAGCUCUAGUGACUAUUUCUGGGCUCUGUUUGGAGAGACCACAGCAGAGCGACUAGCAGCCUCCGUCAGUCUCCCCGCGCUAACACCUGAGGGGCUGGAGGCCAUUCUGGACUUUCUGUAUUCCGGCUGGCUCAGCAUGUCGCCCGUUACCCUUCCGUUUGUUCUGGAGACAGCCAGGUACUUGCAGGUGCAGACAGCCGUGUCGAUAUGCGAGGACUUCAUGACUGAGGGGUUGUGCGCCGCCACGUGCUGUGGUUAUGCCAAUUUGGCAGAGUGCCAUGCGCUCCAAGAUGCACUGGUGGCAGCGAACCAUACCAUUGCCAUGGAGAUGAGAGUGCUGUUAUGGGAAAACAGGAAAGAACUUCUGGAGCUGAAUAUCCAAUCCCUGAUGGCGGUGCUGGAGGCCGAGGAGAUUCCUGGCGUCAAGGAAGUGGAGCUAAUAAAACUGGCUAUCGAUUGGUUGGAUAUGAACGGCCCCCUCUCUUUACUGCGAUCCAACCAUUUGCUGAGUCACCUGCGCUUUGGAUUGGUCACAUCUUCUGACCUUGUCAAUCUGUGCCACUCCCACAGAGUUAUGGCCACCCCUCUGAUAAGAAGUCAGCUGACUCAAGCACUGGAGUAUCAUAGGUUAGGAUCAGCCCAGCCAAUCAGACAGAGCAGACAGUCUUCACUCAGAGCGUUGCCCAAUCGUGUGCUGUUAGUGGGUGGGGGGAGCAGUCCUGAUUCGCCAGAGCAACAGGUACUGACCUUUGACCUCAGAAACAGGAAGUUCUCAUCACUGAGCUAUGGCAUCCCACGACGACUGAAGAACCACUGUGUGUGCACCAUUGGAGGGUUCCUGUUUGUGAUUGGAGGGGAGGAAGUGGUGGAGGAAGAUGGUGACGUAGGGGAACUGGUGACCGUGGCAACAUCCAAUCAUGUGUGGCGCUAUGAUCCCCGCUUUGGGUGCUGGGAGGAAGUGGACCCCAUGCUUGAGAGGAGGACCCAGUUCACGUGCUGUGUGGUGGAGGAUGUUAUUUAUGCCAUAGGGGGGCAGUACACACGACCAGGGACAAACACGCACACCUCUCUGGCUUCGGUGGAAUUUUACAACAUGGCUGAGGGAUCAUGGAGGAGGGCAGUCACUCUGCCCUGUCCCCUUCAUGGCCACGCCUCCGCUGUGCUAGGGAAUGCAAUAUAUGUGUCAGGCGGUAUCCCCGGCAACCAUGGCAUUCUACGCCGCAGAAUCCAGGGCGGCAUUCAGGGCAGGAACCCCGGUUUCACACAGGGUGACCAGCGAGAGAGCAGCCGGGAGGUCCUGUACUGGGAGAUCAGUUUUGGAGGUAAACCCUGGGAGAAGAGAGCCUCAAUGUCUAUUGCCAGAUUUGGUCAUCGCAUGGCAACUCUUAAUGGGUAUAUCUACGCUCUGUUAGGGAUGUACGAGCCCUUCUGCGACAUUGAAAAAUACGAUCCGCAGGCAGACCACUGGACCCGCCUUCGCCCCCUUCUCAUUGGCUCAUUCAGUUAUGGAUUGGCGACAGCUCCAUCUGGUAGCCUAUUGCUGUUCGGAGGGAGGAAGUGGAGCAGGGGACAGGAAGUGACGGUGAAGAGUGUGCUGGAAUAUGAUGCGGAGAGAGACCGCUGGAAAGAGAUCUGUCAGCUCCCCAGACCACUGACAGGAACUGAGUGCACACUGCUGCCCCUACCAGACUAA